UACGAUACGCGAUGCCAUAAAAUAUUUACGCGAAAUUUCGAGGCUUAUUGUUUUCAACAUGCUGAAAUCCCUCUAAAGUAUUUUAUUGGAAAUUAAAACUUGGGUUAUUUCUAAUUUUUUUGCAGACACAAUGAAUUUAGAGUUACUGGAAUCGUUUGGACAAAAUUAUCCUGAGGAAUUCGAUGGUACCCUUGACUCAAUUUCACUGGCUUCAACUUGCGCAUUCAACAGACGAGGUACAUUGCUGGCUGUAGGCUGCAAUGAUGGUAGGAUUUUUAUCUGGGAUUUCCUGACUCGGGGCAUUGCAAAGUCAAUAUCAGCUCAUGUGUACCCUGUAUGCAGCUUAAGUUGGUCAAGGAAUUGUAAAAAGCUAUUAUCAGCAUCAACAGAUCAUAAUGUAUGCAUAUGGGAUGUACUGUCUGGUGAGUGUGAACAGAGGUACAGAUUCCCUACUUCAAUAUUACGUGUGCAAUUUGAUCCGAGGAAUGACAAGAGAUUUCUCGUGUGUCCCAUGAGACAUGCAGCCUUACUGGUCGAUACUGAUGGUGAUCAUAAAAUACUUCCUAUAGACGAAGAUGGAGAUGUAAAUGUAAUGGCUUCCUUCAACAGAAGAGGAGACUAUGUUUAUACAGGGAAUGCCAAAGGAAAAAUACUGAUACUUGACUCGCAGACGUUGGCCGUAAAAGCCAGUUUUAAAAUAACUGUAGGCACAUCCAGUACAACUAGUAUCAAGAGCAUCGAAUUUGCUAGAAGGGGAGAUUGUUUCCUAGUGAACACGUCGGACCGCGUCAUCCGGGUGUACGACACCAACACGGUGCUCCAGUGCGGGGUCAACGGUGAACCCGAACCCAUACAGAAACUCCAGGACCUCAUCAACAAAACAACGUGGAAGAAAUGUUGUUUCUCCGGCGACGGCGAGUACAUCUGCGCCGGGUCCGCGCGACAGCACGCGCUCUACAUCUGGGAGAAGUCGAUAGGGAACCUCGUCAAGAUCCUGCACGGAACCAAGGGGGAGCUCCUGCUGGACGUCGUGUGGCACCCCAUCCGCCCCAUCAUCGCCAGCAUCAGCGCCGGUGUGGUAUCGAUAUGGGCACAGAACCAAGUCGAGAACUGGUCAGCGUUCGCUCCCGACUUCAAGGAGCUGGACGAGAACGUGGAGUACGAGGAGCGAGAGAGCGAGUUCGACGUGGAGGACGAGGACCGCUCUGUGGACCAGGCCGGGGACACCAGGGACGACGAGGAAGUCGAGGUAGACGUGACUUCGUGCGAAGCGGUGGCGGCCUUCUGCAGCUCCGACGAGGAGGGCGAGGACGAGAACGUGCUGCUGUUCCUGCCCACCGCCCCCGAGAUCGAGGACCCCGAGGAUGGUUGGGCGGCGACUCAGGAGACGAUCACGCCAGCCGAAACUCCAGAAAAAUUGGAACCUGCAGCAAAGAGGCCUAAAAGCAAAACCUACGACAUAUCACUGAAGAUUCCCCCGCCUGAACAAUCAUUGUCAUUCGGAGGGAAAAACAAACAAGCUGCUGGAAAUAAAAAAGUAGCGGGCAGGCCGAGGAAAUAAUAAAAAUUUAGAAAUUUUGCA